GUGACUUUAGCAUUUCAAUCAUUUGUUGUGUUGUGUAUUUGUAUUUUGUACACGAAGUGCCUUUACUUAUGGAUGUUGAACAUAACAAAUUUGAACAUAAGCAUAUACUUAUUUAGUUACUAACAAAUAUGUCCCAACAAUUAAUUAACGAAAAUAGUAAAUACAUAUUAGACUUAUUUUCGGAGUUAACGGUAGACUCCCAAAGUCUUGAAUCAAUAUGCACUCAAGUGCAAAAGAGGUUUCCGAAAUCAGAUCAUUUCAACUUAUGUCUGCUCCUAUCAUCACUAAUAACCGGCGGUGACUUGUCACUCCCAGGUCAGAGAGUGGUAGCACUAGCCUUAAUAUUUGAUUCCUACAAAGUGGAAAAUCCCUUCAGCUCUCUAUUUCUCCACCUUUUGGAUGGCAAGCCGGGUCUAUUGCCUUUGACACCGCAAGAGAGGCUAUUCAUUGGUCAGUUACAUGGUUUUGUACCGGUUAAUAUUAAGGAUGUGUUAAAGAAGUCUGCAAAGCAGGUAAUGUUAACCGAAGUAUCGUCAAAAGACCUAGAAUUUGAUUAUUCUUCAAUUCAGUCCCAAGCAUCUGAACGUUCAGCUGACAUCAGUUCGGUUGCGAGAGCGACCGCGCCGGCUUUAGUACCACUCGGUGAUGGGAGUCCACCGAACCGCAUGGCGAUGAAGGAGCUCCUGGAAGCGCUGAUGAGUAAUGACUACUUGCCGCUGCACCGCACCCUCAAGCCGUCCGGGCCCAUCCCGCCUCCGACGUUCCUACUCGACCCCACAGAGAUAUCCUUCGCUGAUGAGGGUGUGUGGAAAAAUCUAGUCAAUAGAGGCGUGUACGUGCCGCUGUACGACACGGACUUCGAGGGUCUGAUCGGCCUGAAGCCGCCGGAGAAGCUCGAGAAGAAGGUCACGCUACCAAAGGAGCAGAAACCUAAAGUGGAAGAGAAGAAAGAGAAACAGGAAGAGAUAAAGGUAGAGGAGAAGGAAGUGAACGUGGCGGACGAGGCCAAGGAGCUGACGCAGCUGGCGCUGAAGGCGGCGCUCAGCGUGCCGCACCAGACCAGGCUGCUCGCCCUGCUCGACCACCACCCCGAUGUCGUCUACGGCGUGGGGCUGGCGCCCUACCAGCUGCCGGAGCUGGUGGAGAACAACCCGAUGGUGGCCAUCUCCGUGCUGCUGAAGCUGAUCCACUCGCAGCACAUCACCGACUACUUCUCCGUGCUCGUCAACAUGGAGAUGUCGCUGCACUCCAUGGAAGUUGUCAACAGGCUGACGACGUCGGUGGACCUGCCCGUGGAGUUCGUGCAUCUGUACAUCAGCAACUGCAUCUCCACCUGCGAGACCAUCCGCGACCGCUACAUGCAGAACCGGCUCGUCCGCCUCGUCUGCGUCUUCCUGCAGUCGCUCAUCAGGAACAAAAUCAUCAAUGUCAAGGAACUGUUUAUAGAAGUAGAAGCAUUCUGCGUUGAAUUUAGCAGAAUAAGAGAAGCGGCUGCGUUGUUCAGGCUGUUGAAGCAGCUCGACUCGGGGGAAAUGCACAAGGAGAACAAGGAAAACUAGACACAAGUAAUGUUUGAAUAUAUUGAGUUUGUUAUCGGGGGAAAAACCGGAAUCGAAUAAUUCUCGAACAGAUUAUGAAUUAUUAUUCACUCUGUUAUGUAUACUGGACAGGAUUUAAGGCUUGGAUCGUCUGGGCAAAGAAAAUUAUAAGCAUAUUUCAUAUGGGCGAUUAAUCGUAUCAUAAAUUAAGUGUAUCUAAAGUACUUUGAGAUUUUAAUAUUCGACCGAAUGUUAAUUCUUUAAUGUACUAUGAAACGAAUGUCCUUGUGUCCCCUAAAUCCGGUCCCGUAAGUAAUUUUUAAUACAAUUUUAAGUUAAAUUGUUUUAUAUAAAAAUAAAUAAUUAAAGUUAAUUUCAAAGCAAUACUUAAAAUUAUAUCGUGAAAAACUACGCUACGGUGUAAUUUAUUAAUGAAAAUCUAGCUUUAUGCACUGCAAUACUGAGUACCGUUGUGUUCCGGUUUGUAGGGUGAGUGAGCCAGUGUAACUACAGACGAAGGAAUAUGACAUCUUAGUUUCCAAGGCUGGUGGCGCAUUAAUGUAUGCUGUAUAGAAUGCUUAAUAUUUCUCCGAGCGCUAAAGUCUAUACCUGCGAUUUUAUAAAGCAAUAAUGUCCAUUAAAAUGUUUUUAAUUUGUUAAUAUAUUAUAUACUUAUAAGUUUGAGUAUAUAAUAUACCUUCAGUCCGAGUAAUAUAUAAUAAUUCAUCUUGUGCUCGGUGGUAAAGGAAAACGUCGUAAGGCAACCUGUAUGUAUGUGGAGCUUUAAAACUUUCUCAUACCAAAUUUCAAGUUGUGACUUGAAUCUGUACUCACUAAAGAUUACCAAGAGACAAACGUGCACUAGUUACAAAUAAUAUUGCAGCCAUACAAUUAUUAUAUGAAUACAUUUAUUAUAUAAUUCAUUUCAUUUCAUUCAUUUAAUUAAAUAUCAACAAUCAACACGUAUAAUACAAAGUGACCUCUAUAAUACAAAGUACUUACCCGUGAAAUGUUGCCAGCCAAUUUAAUAUGGUGAUUACUAUUUGAUUUUAUUUUAUAAUUUAAUAUUAUAAUUAUUACACUCAAUGCCGCAUAUCACUUACAUUACACGACCGUUUUCUGCGGUUAGUUUCGAGUAUGUUUUUUAAAAAAAAUGUACAGAUAACAAAAGGGCGAAAGUAGAAUGUAGACCACAUUUUUAUAUUUGCCAAUUCAUUAAAAAAUAACGGUGCAAGGAUUAAUUCUUACUUGCAAUACCCAAUUGUCUAUAGGCGCACGUGUCCACUCGCCAUUACUUACCAUUUACUCGUCUUUUUUUUAUAAUAAAGUGUUACAUUUAUCCCAAAAUAAUAUUUAUUUAUUUUUUAUUAAUUUAUAUAAAAUAACCUAUAAAAUUUUAAUAAAGCUUAAAGAGCUUAAGUAUUCAUAUAAACGAUGAACCUUUAAAUAUGAUAUUUGGGGGGUGGUUAUCAAAUUAAUCUCGUUACACUUUCUAAUAAUUUAUUAAUGAAUUUAAAGCAAUUUAAUACAUUUGAGAUUCAAAAGUGCAACAAUCAGCAAUUUUGCUACCUACAUAUUUACCAAGGCAUGUAUAAAAUUAUAAUCUUAUUUUGUAUGUCUAAUGAUGAUUAAAUUUUUCUAAAAUGAUGAUUGAAAAUUAGCUAGAUUUAAGAUUUUUUGAUUCUAAGAAUAAUACUUAUAACAAAAAUAAUAUAAAAAAACCGACUUAAAAUGAAAAAAAAAAUCACUAAGUAUAUUUUUUUCAUUAAUACCAUUUCACCAAAUGAAUGUUUGACUUGUUGAUGAAAAUAUAAAAGUCGAUAUUUAUGUAUGCCUUUAAUAUUUGUGGAGUUCCAUCAAUUUCUCAUGGUUCCCAUUAAUAGAACUAUAUUUUGAUAAAAAUCGAAUCAAUCUGGAAGUAUAUCCAAUCAAAUACAAAAAUUCCAAAAUCUCUUUUUAAUUGACGGAGUUCUGAGGCAAAAAUAUGCCUGUUGAGUGUAUUUAGAAUUUAUAAGUCAACGCUAUUGCAAACUAUACUUAUAAUAGACCUCAACAAGGCUUACAACUAUUAUAACUAUACUUACAUAAUGUGUAGGUAUAAAAUGUUUACAAAAGUAUUUUGCUAAUAUAAAAUAUUGAUUUCUUCGAUUUGUAUACUGUAAAUGUUUCAAUAUUUUGUAAUUUGAUAUAUAAUAAAAGUAUACUCUUAAAAAAGAGUACCUUUAUGCAAGAGUCUAUACAAUUUGUGUCCAUAAGUGUGGAUUUAAACAGCAGUUACAAGAAAUGCAAGAAUUGUGAUAAGU